AUGACGAGCAGUUUGAGUAGUUCCGCCAAAAAGAUAGUUUCGUUACUGGAAAAGUACCCGGCCGACAAGGUGAAGCACUAUGCUUCGUUCAAGUUUUCUCAGAUCGAGCGGUUCUGCAACAUCGGGUCGUUGCCGAUCCCCAAGAAGGUUUUAGAAGAGCAAGCCAUCGAGCAGAAGAAGCAGCAGAAAAUGGUCAAGAUCGACGUGAAGAAGCUGAAGCGGAUGAUUUUUGCGCAAGAAGACGCCACCCCAGACUUCAAGAAAGAGCUUUUCGACACAGAUAUUCUCACACAGCAGUUCAAGUCGCUCAAGAGCAUCGCCGACAACAAAUGGGCCGACGUCUACAAGGUGGAUAAGAAGCUGUUGGAGCCCAAGGGCAACCCGAACUACUAUUCGCGUCUUAUGAAAGACAUCAACAACGGUGGCCAGAAGAGAGAAAGCAUUUUCGAGGCGUUCCGUACGGUGAUUACCGGAAAGUACUAA